UUGUUAUUUUUUAGUAGAUUUUGCAAUGGAUUUAGAUUCUGAAAGUACUGCUACUUCCUUAGAGGACAAUACUGAAAAUUUUUGUGACAAUCCAACACGGGAUACCCUCGCUGAGGGUUUAAUGGGACUGAUAAAACCUACAGUGGAUCAAUUAGACGAGAGAGUUCGUGCGACAAGAAUAUCUCAGUUGGAACUGAAACAAUGUAUUGAAAGUCUCAGUGAAGAACUCAAGUCAAUAUCUGAUUCACAACAGCACACACAGGAUUUGGAUAUCUAUGUUAAAAAGCUUAUUAAUGCCAAACAGAGAGUUACAGUGUUGACAAAUGUGUUGCAAAAUACACAGGAGAGAUUAAACAAGGUUCAUGCUAAUUUAGAUAAAGAAGUUUUAAAGAGAAAAGCAGUUUUAGAAAGCACUGAGGAGACACAAGCUAGUGCCAGUUAACAUGAAUCUUUCAACACCUAUUUAUUCAUUAGGACAAUUUCCUGAAGUAUAUGAGCCAAGAGAAGACACAUUUUUAUUCUUAGAUGCACUAGAGUCAGACUCUCUGUUUUUAAAAAGUUUGCAGCCUACUGUUAUAGCCGAAGUAGGAACAGGUAGUGGUGUAAUUAUCAGUGCAAUGUUUCAGAUAUUUGGGACAUCCUGUGCAUACUUUGGCACUGAUAUAAACAAUCAGUGUUGCUUAGCUGCUCAGCUUACAAGUAAAUUAAACAAAACUACUGUUGAAACCAUGACAAUGGACCUAUUAACUAAUUUUAAAAAUAAAAUUUGUGAUAUUGUUUUAUUUAAUCCUCCAUAUGUUGUAACAGAACAGGGGGAGAUCUGUGGUAAUGGAUUAAAUCGUUCUUGGGCUGGGGGGAGUGAUGGCCGUGAAAUUACUGAUAAACUAUUAAAUAAUUUACCAAAUAUACUUUCAGAAAAAGGUGUGUGUUAUGUUGUGUUGUUAAAAGAGAAUAGACUCAAAGAUAUUGUAAAAAAUAUGGAAGAAUUAGGUUUUAACAGUCAAAUUGUUCUUGAGAGAAAAAUACCAGGGGAACAUUUAUUUGUCUAUAAAUUUUUUAAGAAAGUUGAUGUAUAGAUUUAUAUAAUCACAAUAUUUGAAAAGUAAUCUAAAGUAAACACUUUUUAAUCUUA